AUGACCUCUCCUCUGCCCGUCACGUCACCCCAGAGCCAAGGGCCAAGAGGCGCAGGGCUUGGAGGGGCCCUUUUGGCCCAGGCCGGGCUGGGGAGCCCCGCAUUCUUCCACCUGUUCCAAAUGCAAGGAAAGCUGUGCCCCCCGCCCCCGCCCCCGCCCCCCGGCUGCAGCCAUGAUGCCCUCCGCCGGUGCCCGCUGCUCGGGCGGAGCUUCAGAAGGAGAAUCCCGGGCGGCUGCCUCUGCCGAACUGCCAGUCCCAGAAUGCACCGCUCAGGAGAGGAUCGCCAGGGGUCCCUGAAACCUCCCUCCCCAAGAGAGGGUGGCGGGGGCUUGCUGGGCAGCCUCGCGGCAGAGCCAGCGGCCGGGAGGGGACAUGCCAGGUUGCCAACUCCCGAAGCCCCGCCCCGCCGGCCCUCGCGGUGUCCCCUCCGGGAGGAGCGGCGCACUCUGCACAUGCUCGGGGGCGGAGGCGGGGGAGCGGAGGGGCGGUGCUGGGCUCGGCUGCGGCUCCGCCUGGCCCGGGAAAGGAUGCUGCUGCUGCUGCUGCUGCUGCCGGGGCUGGCGCUGGCCCAGGGCGCCGGCGGCGGGGAGGAGGACGACGAGCGGGGGCGGCCCUACGCCGUACUGCGGGCGCAGAACCUGGCUCUGAUGGGGAGCGUCUUUGGCAUCUUGCUGAUCGUCAUGAUCUUGAUGGCCGUGUGUGUCUACAAGCCCCUUCGCCGACGGUAGCCCAAGGAGCAGGCCUCAGCUGGCUCGUGAGCUGGACUGGACUGGAACACCCACACUGACCCCCAUCUUCCUUGACCCUCAUGCCUCACUGGACGCACUUGAAGAACUGGCUGAUGAUAGGAUUGAGGGGGCUGGGGUGGAGCUGCUGGUUUUGAUUUUAGCUGUUUUGCUCCUGGCCGGAUCGCUGCUGUUGUGGUAGCGGCUGUGCUGUAGUUUUGUUGACAUAGAAGGAUCCUCAGGAACUUGUGGGUCAGCAAAGAGGAGCGACAUCCUUAAUGCUGAGUGUUUCAGGUCAGGCGCUGCUAAACUAACAGGCUUUCAAGGAUGCAGAGAAUCCCUUGCCUUCCCUAGCGCUGAGGGUGGAGAUUUUCUGCAUUCAUGAAACCUUUAUCUGGCUGUCUUGGGUCAGGGACUGCUUUGUUGGCUGUAAUCUUGUGAUGCUAGAGGAGUUGUUCCCGGUCCACUGUGCUUCCAGCAGUGUGUGUGUAUUUGUCAGGACUGUUUGUACUUCUGAGCUGUUUGGGCAAAGGCACACCUUCCAGUUCUCUUGAAAGAUGCCCAGACCAUUUUGCCCAGGGCACCCAAGAAGCUUCUGUUCAUAAUGUUGUCAUCCUUGAGAAGUCGUCAGUACACUGAAAAGUCAGUGAAAUCGUCAAAUCAGGAGUUAAUCAAUAGCCGGCCCAUUGGCUCCAGUGGACAGAACAGUGGUGCAACUGUUAAGAACUCCUUCUGAGUUUGUUGUGGGCGACUUUUUCCAGGCUCGUAUUGGCCGUGGUCGCAAUUAGAUCUUUGUUCCUAAUGUUUCACCUGCAUCUUGCCAGCCACAGAUGCAGGCGAAAUGUUAGGAACAAGAUCUACCAGACCAUGGCCACACAGCCUGGAACUUCCAGUAACAACUCGGAUGAGAGUCCAGCCUUGAAAGCCUUCGACAAGGAUUGCUUUGUUAGGUGUGAUGAACUUGGAAAUGUGUCUCCAAGUCUUGGCGAAGGCUUUUGUGGUUGGAAUCAACGGGCUGUUGUGAUUUUUCUAAGCUGCAUGGUCCUGGUUUGGUGGUUUUAGCUCUUAACGUUCCGCCUGCAUUUAUGGUUGCCAUCUUCAGAAGCAUGUCACGGUGAGAUGAGUUCCUCUCCGUGGCACCGUGCGGAGUGACUGCAUGGUGGGAUGCACGCUUACAGGGCAGUGAGGCGUAUUUUCAUGCGUCUGGGUGACAUCUUACCAUGGGUGACAUCUUACAUCGAACCUAUAGUCUCUGAACAUGGCAGCCAUAUAUGCAGGUGAAGCAUUAGGAGCAACAAUUGCCAGCCCCUGGUCACACAGCCCGGAAAACCCUCAACAGCCUGUCCCCAAGUUGUGAAGGGAUCAGUAGAUCUUCAGUGCUGGACCUCUGGAAAAGGCCCUGAAGCGUGAUGUUGAUCCACCGGCUUCCAUCUGCUGGGCCCACCCACCACUGGCCAGGGACAGUUCGGCCUGCUUGCAGGAAAGCUGUCCCUGCCCAGCCUGGCUGGCUCCAUCAGGGUGCAAAGUGAGCUUGGGAAAAGGCUUGUGUGUUCCGGCAACUCCGGUGCGCUGUUUCCUUGUGCUGUGCAGAGAGAGCUUGAAAUGACCCAUGAUUACAGUGGGCACCCCCAAAUACCUGCUGUGGAAUUCAGGGGUGUUUCUUCCCCAGGUUCCCUGAAGCAGUUAGGUGGUCCCAUAUUGAGCUGGCUUCAGUCUGUUUCUGUUCCCUCUUCAGUGGAUUCAGUGGGGCUUCUCCUUCUACUCGUGGAGCUUUCGUUCUUGUGUAGCCAAAAUGUAGGUGCCCUCUCAGAAAGCCAGGAGUGCUUCCAGAUGUAUUACAAGGCUCAAAGCUAUAGAUAAGUGGUGGCGAACCUAGGUGGCGAACCUAUAGCACUCCAGAUGUUCAUGAACUACAAUUACAAGGUGGCGAACCUAUAGCACUCCAGAUGUUCAUGAACUACAAU